GUCACUAAUGUCAAUGUCAAUGGCGGUUAAAGAUAAUUUAGCGGGCAGCCCUAUUCAUCGAUCGCGAAAUAGUCUAUUUUCUAUGUAGUAAAAAUGCCUGAAACAAUAAUUGAAAGUGCUAUUUCGGGAAAGUUAGAUUUAGAUUUACUGUGUAAAUGGCUAAAUAACGAAUCGAUUGAGGCUGCACCAGAAGACUGCAUAUUAUUUUGCUCGAAUAGAAAUGAAUUUACCGGGUUUUUUCUCUCUUAUCUUAGAAAUCAGACUGAUUGCAUAUUACAGACGAACAGCAAUUGCAUACCAAUCCCACACCAAGGUACACCAGAGAAAGCACUCGGCCAACGCAAGCACCAUCGAUCGAUCAGUGAUCCUACGUGUGACAAUGACAAGUCGAAUGAUAGUCUCACCAUCAAGUCAGAGAGAAAAACACAAGAAUCCCCCCACAGGGAUAGAAGAAAACCUGGCAGACGAGUCAAAACCAAAUUAUUCUCCGAUGACAAGAAAGAUCAAAAUACAUCCCUAUCUUCUGACGAAUCAAGAAUCAGUAUGGGGGUAGAGAGGCUCAUGCUAUCCAGUACUCCAGUCAAAAAUGGCUUCAAACCUGACUAUCCAAGUUUACCAACAAGCAGCCCUGUCACCCCACAGCCAAGGACAUUUAAAGAUUUUGAAAGGUGCGACACUCCAAGAGUUGGCAGGCAUUCUAGAUCUCAAGAUAAAAGCGUCAGUCUAGCAGAUUAUUUAGUCAACGUCCAGCCGAAGACUUCAAAGAAGAGACGCUCCAAAAAUACGUCGAACGAUGAUAGCGAAACGAAAAUCGACUUGGAUUUGAGCAAUUCGGAGAUUUUUUCAGAAAUCGGUGCCAGAAAAUCAAGUUCCUUAAAGUCUGAACGACGCAGGAUCAAACCAACUAAUAUUGACAGAAGCCAGAAGAGUUAUUCUCUAAAUAGUUUCACCCCAGAAGCCUUCCAAACACCCUCACCAUUAGCACUCGAGGAAAAUUUAGCCUUUAAGCCAAAACUGCAGCCUAAAGAGCUGUCUAACAGCAUCGAAAUCGAACGUAAUAUUUUGAAACAGGAGAGACACAAAUUGAUGGAGAAAUUUAACAUUUUAAACACUACCACAACUCCUAAAGUUACAACGCCUCAAAUAAAGAUCAUCCAAAAAGAUUUGACUGAUAGAAACCAGAAUUAUAUCGAGGCCGAGUGCGGUAAAGUUGUAUUUAGUGAUAAAAUCGACAUUCUAAUCGAAAUUUACAACGUUUUACUAAAGAACAACUUAAUAUUGAGUAUCAAUACAGAAAUAUCUUUUCUAAUAACUAUAUUGCUCUCGAAACAGUUAGAAGAUGAUUACAGGAUUUCUGAAUCUCAGUUACAGACAAAUUUAUAUGAAUCGAUAUUGAAAUCAAUACACAAUAGUACAUAUUUCGCUGUUAAGUCGUUAUGGAAUCAGCGAUCGACCCUAGAAGUUAUACUAGACAAAAAUUCCCUAAAAAUUUUAGGUGAAAAUAAGAAAGUUCGAAGUUUCUACCCUGAUUUGGCGAAAUUUCUUCUAAAUUCCUAUGGUCUGAAAUGCGAGGCUGAAAGCAAUAGUGAUAGGUCUAAAAGCACUGAAAAUAAUACUUCAAACGGCAUUGUCUGCUUUAACCAUGAAACGGAUAAUGCAGAGAACUUUCCAUCGAUAUUGAGUUUUCAAAAUUUCAAGAAACAGAGGGAUAUGUUUUACGAAAUAUUAAGGUGGUACGAGAGCGGCGGUAGUAGUGGGGGUGGUGGGGGGCUACGCACUCGCGCUCGCUCGCUCCUGGCGCUGGGAGCGCGACCCGACAACCACGCGCACCUGGCCGCGCUGCUCACGCGCAUGCUGCUCAACACGCCCGUGCCAGUGAGUGCUCUGCUCUGUAUUGUAGUGGUAGGUGGUAGGAGGUACGUGGUACGAGGGUGGUGGACAACCACGCGCACCUGGCCGCGCUGCUCACGCGCAUGCUGCUCGAUACAUUCGGAAUCGAAGCUAAGCAAACUUCAACGUAGAUUAACAUGUCCAUCAGCUACUGAAUCACAUCGCUUACCUCAUUUUACAGAUAAAGAGAUGUUUUACAAGGAUUUCAUAAUGUAUGCUGAGAAUGAGAGUUUCAGAGUACAUUUGAAGGAUGCCUUCGCAUCAGAAAUUAUUGCUUUGGAUUCCACGCUUAUUGGCAAUGAUACUUCAAACGGAUCGGAUUGCUCAAGAGAAUUACUAAUAUUAUCCAAGAAGUUAUGUCUCCUAUCAAAAUUCCUGGGAUACCUUACUUCCCUGCCCUACGUCCAGACAUCUGUAGAUGUCAUGUUAAAAAGUGGUGCCUUAGUGAAUAAAGCCCAGAAGGACGAUAUAUUUUCUGUACCCAAGGAGAAAGUUCUGGAAAACAAUUUAGCUUUACGGAACUAUAGUCAACCAGCACUAGAUGUAAAGGAAAUUUUAAGGACAGCCAUAGAGAAUGGCAGAAUGACGAUAACAGUACCGUGGAUAGUCCAUUAUUUAUCCAUGCUCGACUUUACCACUCUACGUCUGAGAUACUACAAGAAUCUCCUUAACUACCUCUUCUAUAUAUAUGAAACUAUAUUAAAAUCAAAUAAUAUCAUGAAGAAAAACACGAUAAUUUAUCUAAAAUCCAUUCUCGGGUGGCUGUUCGACCUGCCACAUUUUCCUCAAGAUUUUUUCAAUGAAAAAAAAGAUCUGGCAGCGGUCUUAAAUGUCCCCGAUGACGGUUUCGACGCGAGUGUAGUGAUCGAUGAGUCGAUUUUAUUUGAAUUGUGUCCGUUUUUGAGAGAUGUCAAUAUUUUGUUGUCAACGUCGAGAGUUAAUCAUGAAAAGGAGAGUUUCAGACACAUAACGCCAGUCAGAUUGAGUCUGAACAACGAUGAUAGGAUUCGGAAUAAGGAGAAGGAGUUACAGGCGCGUCUCGAAGAAGAGCUGAUCCGCAGCCAGCCGCCCUCCAGCAGGCGGGUGCUGGAGCUGGUCUCCGAGCGCGUGUGCGCCGCCGCCGUGCGCGAGCUGGCCGCCAGCCUGGCCUGCGCCAGGACCAGGGCUCGGGGGGCGGCCGCCGCGCUCGUGGCGCGCCCGCCCAAGGGUGACAUCAUCGAAGCCCUACGGACCUUAUACGCAGAACACCUGGAGAAGCUCAGAAGCGAGGCCCUGAACUCCUGCAAGAGUAUCGCCAAGGAUAGGGUAUCUGCGGCCUUGACCGCCCUCAUCCCUGCCGCCCCCCCUCCACUCCAUGCCGUGGCUAUAAAGACCUGUUAUAAUAGGCUUAGCAAGUGGAUUAAUGAUCAUUGGGCUAAUACUGACGUGCUGUGCAAGGACGUGGAACAAGAAGUGCGGUCGCUGCGCGCGGCGGGCGAGGCCCCGCGCGCGCCGCCCGCCCCCGCCGCCGCGCCGCCGCCCCUGUGCAGCCCCGCCGCCGCGCUCAUCGCGCUCAAGGAACACAUCUGUCUACUGUUAGACUACGAAGACGCCCCGGCUCCGGCUGCGAUAUUACAGGCCUGCGUCAGUAGUUGCUCUCCAAACAACGUGUUCAACAGAGCGCCCACACAGCGGGCGAUCUUACAGCUGUCCAUUGACUUCUGUGUUGUUUACGUUAGCAGAAAAACGUCAAAAAUAUCAGAAAUCCUGCCAAAUUUCCACGAGCUGUGGCACACGUGUUGUCCGGAGCGCCGCCGCUCCCCCCGCUCUGAUGGGGAGAGCCUCUCUCCACCCCGGGGGGAGCCCUCGACUGGGUCUGAUGAAGCGGGGCUGGGUAGAGCAGUCGAAACACCGAAACAGGAUGUGAAGGAAAUCAAACCUGACGAACCUAACAGCGAUCUAGAAUUCUUCGACCGAAUCCUCUGUCCACGUAACAUAGUCCUACUGAGUGAAACCAGGUGCAAACCUAGUGAAGUUUGGGAAGCUCUGGCCGAUGUUCUUGUGUUUUUACUGAAGAAUGAUUAUUUGAGUGAGGAUUCGCUAACGGAGCAGUGUCUAGCCGUGUAUAGACAGGAUUGGCCACAAAAUAUUUUAGAGAAUCUCUCAACUUGUAUGAAGUCUGUGUCAUCGAGGUGGUCGAAAUCAUCAUCGGGGAAGUUCACACUAUUCCUAGACUUUCUGGCAGACUAUUGUAAUGAUAUGGACUAUGAUAUUGUAGAUUCAAAUUAAUUAUUGUUGUAAAAAUAUAAAAAUAUAUAUAU